GGGCUAAAUUGCACUUUCUAUUCUAUGUUGAGGUUUAGGUAGCCUAGUCUUUAUCAACUUUUUUUAAAAGAGGUAAAAGUUUAGAAAAAUAGCUAAUUUAUUUGAUCUACCAGAAGCUUUUUUUAAAUUUUAAUAUUUUAAUAUCAAAAUUUUAUAUUAGUACUGUAUCAUGAAAGUGCUAAAAGGAUGUCCAAAAAUAAAUACACUGCCUUUGAAGUUUGGUAACCUGAAGAGUGAUGGUUUGGCAUCCCCUAUACAAGUACUAGAUGGCCAAAACAUCUUCGAUAUAUCUGAUUUGUGCUAUUUCUGGCCCAUGAAUUCGUCGAGAGAAGAAUUUGGCACUUCUGAAGAAGUUUCUGCACUGCCAAGACUUGGGUAUUGCACAAAAAAGCUGCAAGCUUCAGGACCACCAAAAUUGAGUACAACUUUACUGCAAAUAUCAUCAAACCAUAGCACAGUCCAAGAAGAAACCACCAAAUUGUCAACUACAGGUGGACUGAAAAUGAGUGCAGGGAGAGUUGUGUCACAAAGAAGCCAUGGCAACGCAGACUACGGCAAGCGAGUGCAGCUCGAAGAAAUGAUCAAGAUUGAAUUAACUCAGGAUUUGAACGGUUAUUACAUUCAUUCUCGCGAGGAAAAAGCUACCUCAGAUAGCAUAUUGAUAAACGCUAAAGAACGAACGACAGUCUCUAAUUUUGUGAGCUUCACUUUGUCAGACAAUGAAUACGAUGAUAUUCACUGCAAGAUUGCCAAUUCUAAUGACAUUUCUGAAGAUAUAGGUGAACCUCUUGAACCCAGUCUGCGUUCUGCUUUGCAUGUCACUGGUCGCUCUGGCUCCAAAGUAAAGGAACGCUGGCAUUCAAAGGGUCAAGUAUCUUUACCCUCUACAUUGAACAAAGUUCGCGAAUCUUCAACCAAGCGAAGUACCAAACCGCAUAAAAGUACUACUUUUCUCACUAAUCAUUUUUGCAAAAUUUGUCUGUUAGUUUUUCCAACUGUUGCCAGACGUAAUGCGCACAUGAAAUUACACAGGGCAAAUUAUCAGUGCAAGUUUUGUGGCAGAAAUAUCUGUUCGGAAGGACAACUCUUCAGGCAUUUCGAGAAGGUUCACCACUUGAUGUUGGUGGUUCCUGAACUUGAAUUUCGGCGAAUAUCUGGUCGAUUUCAAAUCACUGCGACGCCAAAGUCAAUAAAUUUCGAUGGAAGUAGCGCAGUUGACUUUGAUAGAUCGCAGUUGUCGAACUUAUUAGAAGUUUCACAAGUGAAGAAAAAUGAACCUCUGUCUAGUUCAAGUAAUUCGGAGUGUCGAAUUACUCUUGAGAUUUCUGAGGAUCAGGAUGAAAUAGUAGAAAUAAAUGUGAACGCAGCAGAAAGCGCCUCUGAUGUAAAAAGUGAAGGCGCUACGGCAGUGAGCAAAAAUGAAACUCUGGGUACCAAUGAAGAUGUGGAAUCGCGUUCCGAGUUUUGCCGAGGUCUUGAAAUUGAUGUCAAUAACCAAAGUUCAGCUGGUACACAUCCUAGGUCGUGCUUAUUUGCAAAGCUCCAAGAUGAAAAAUGUAGAAUGCCUUGCAUUUCUGACAACGAUCCUUUGCCUGCAGGGCCGGCAAAAGCUUCUCUGCUGAACAAGCGACGACUCCUGUCUGCUCAUCGACCCACUCACAAACGUCGUCUUCGCGGUGGCAAGCGUAACAUUCGACUUGCCAAAGAUAAAACUACCAGACGUGUCAUUGGGGAAAUUCUUACAACGAAAAAAAUUACGCGGCUCGACAUAUUAAACGAUGAAAAUACAGAGUUUGAAGUAUCCAUGAAUUGUCGCAGCUCUAAAGCCACUUCCACUGAAACGCCCACUGGAAAGCUCUCGCCUUACCAAUUCAACUGCGAUUUGAAGCCGAAAAUCUCGAAGCCUGGCGUUGAUUGUAGUAAUUGGAGUGACGAACUUUUUGCCCGUGAACAUAUUAAUAAGGAAUCGAAAAGUGUGGAGUUUGAUCAGAAUUUGAUUUUGAAAGAGCGAACGCCGGGUUGUGUUACAUCUAGUGAUAAGAUUGGCAUACAACCUCCGAGCAAAGAAGAUGGUGUGCAGCAGACUACUUAUAACCUAAGAAGUAGGCAAAUAUACUUGAAUAAGCAAACAGAAAAUAAGAUCAAGAGAAUUUCCGCAUCGAGUGAAGCAUUAACUAAAGCCAAUAAUAAUGUUUUAUUUCCUGAUAACUUUGCCGAUAGAAAAGUUGAGACAAAUGCUACAGGCGAAGAAUCGAUGGAAUCGCCUUAUCCUCCGAAGCAACUCUGUUCUGUUAAAAUCAUGGAGAGUCUUGGCAAAGUUACGCAUUCCAUUCCUGAAGCUAAGCGGGGGCUCAAGUUUCAUAUAAACGCUUCAGAUGAUAACAAAUGUGCUGAGUCAAGUCAUGCGAUAAAGUAUUUACCGGCAAUGAAGAAGUCCCGCACCAAGUCCCGACCAGCCAUUGUAAAAAGGAUUUCUCUUAGUAUUCAAGAUUCUGUUUCGCGGCUGCGAGCCAUGAAACAGGGGCAAGUGGUUCUGGAAAGCGACACCCCACUAGUAACUUCAAGCUAUAAACAAUUCCGUAAAAAAGACAAAAGAUACCCUUGCCCUUGCCCUCACACAGGCUGCCCAAGAGUUAUGGCAUCGAAAAAUGCUCUAAGAUAUCACCUGGAAACACACAUGAAGUUGUCAUUUCCGUGUCAAAUGUGCGGGAAAAUUUUUGGGCACAAAUUAAGCCUGAAUAACCAUAUGCUAGUCCACCAGAAGCCUACAUUUGAAUGUCCACGCUGUGACCGGAAAUUUAGGAAAAACUUUCCACUCCAGAGGCAUAUCCAAGAAACGCAUCAGAGGAGACCAGUCCACGAGUGCCAGAUUUGCGCUCAGAAGUUUGUGACUUAUCGCGAAAUGUAUUGCCACCGCAAGAAGCAUGAUAACCGCGGAGGUAGAUGCUUUUUUUGCAAUGUAUGCCGAACGGGUUUUACCAGAAAAACUCACUUGGCAACUCAUGUCACGCAACACUCGGCCCGACCGGACACGCGCUUCAUGUACCGCUGUAAUUAUUGUUCUGAUUUGAUAGUUUUCAGAACUUACAUGUCAGUUAAACUCCAUUGCUUACAACUCCAUCCCAACGAUCAACUCCCGACGGCCUUCGAAUGUAGAUUGUGGGUUGUCAAGGGCACAGAUUUGGUGAGAGAUAACUUGAAAAUGCGUCUGCCACAACCUCAAGACAAUUUUGAAGACGAUUUUUCGUUUUCAGACCGACCUGGCGCUGUUAGUCGCUAUCACCAAGGAUCUGUUGAAGCAUUUGGCAAUGAAGGCGACAUUUACAGUAGUCACAUCGAGACGAAAUACAUGGCAGAAGCACCUCACAGGGAGAAUUCUCGGCAAGCCCCUCGUGUCAUCUAUUUAGCGGAAGGUUCUGCCGUAAACGUUGCCCUGGAUUCUAGUGUGACUGCGAAUGUUCCGGGUGUUGAAGGGAUUCAAGUUGGUUCCCCUGUGGAUCGGUCGAGCAAAUCCGUCAAACCCAGGACUAUUUUCCCGAACAGAAAGAUGGACGACGAGCUCUGCUAUAUUAAUUCGAGCUCAUACGGUAAGUCGGAAAUGGAAAGGACUUUUGAUGUUUUUGACUCGCCUACCCAUGUGUGUGGCGAAACUCUUUCCCGUGCGUACUUCGACGUACCUAAUUCUUCAGCAGACCCUGUAAACACCGCAGACGUUUCUUCUAAAACUGAUAUCUCUCCAAUUCAACCUGCCGACAGUAAAUUUUGUUGCUUUGAUGUUGGUCCGUCUGAUAUUCCCAUGUCUGAUGUCUACGUUGACCUCGAAAAUUCAUUUGUAGGCCAAAAUGUCGAAGUUCCUUUCGCUCUUGAUGAGCCUGAAUAUUUUCUGGACGGCAAAAUAUCCGACACUCUCAACAGCUACAAUGGAACAGAUCGUAACAGCGUGAAAGUUGAUCCCUUCCUUGAUUUUUGGGAUACCGAGUCUUCUGAAACUACAAGCUUUGAUGGGAGUGGUCUUGCACUGGAGAAUUCCAGCUUUUGCGAUGACGAUAAAAGUUUUGAAAGCGGUUACGCCAGUGGUUGUGCUAGCUACAUUACACCGUAAACUCCGUGGAAGUCUGUCUAAUGGUGCUUAUAAUUGAAUCUUUUUGAAAGGAAUAAGCUAUUUGAUCUUCAAAACCGUUUUGCUGUACAUUUUCUUCCCUUUGCGCCAAUACAUGAAUAGCAUUGAGGAAAAUGUGUUCUUAUUCUAACAGAACAGCGAGGCAAACAGAUGCAAACAGAACGCUACCGUAUUCAUCAAUAAUGAGUCUGUUGAUAUUGCUUCAUGAGAGCGUCGCAGUCGCUCACGGUGACACCAGAGCUGCGACCCGUAACACAGCAGGAAUAAUGCAGCUACUAAUUAUAAAGUUGAUUUCAUGGAAAGAUCAUUCAGUACAGUGAAACUAAAAUAAUUCCUAAAGGUUGAUGAAUAACGUAUUAAUUAGAAAUUUGAUACAGUCAAUAAAUAUUUUUUAUGUCCAUAUAGUGAUAGCGUUAUUUAUUCUACUUUUUCCGCCCUGCACGGUUGAAUUUUAUGCCUAUUUUCUUGACAUGAUAUUAUUGAAGUUAAUGUUGUGCGAUAAAGCUUAACGAGCUCUAAACUAAUUCAUUCAUGUUACGGAUAAUCUCAACUUGUGUAUGAUUUUUGCCUUGAAAUAUGUUAAUUUUAUCUCUAUUAGCAAAUAUGUUAGUCUUAUCUCUAUCGGUUGAAAAUAGAACGAAUAUAGCCAGUUUUAUGAACGUUUAAACGCUCUGCCUCACAGCUUUAGCUGUGAUGACUUUUUAGGUAACCUGCAUAAAAUUAAUUUAUUUUUUAAGAUAGUAUUUGUAGAAUAGUUUUUUCCUACUUAAUGGGCAUUUGUGUGUUAGUGUUACGAGCGUUUAUUUUUUGAUGGUUUACCAAUAGUGUAAUUUUGCCUCUACUGUAUUUUUGUGGCAACAAUUGACGGAACGCCGUAGGCGCUAUCGUCUGUUGCUCCUCGUUCAUGUUUCGUUAUAUUUACUGUAAUAUGGUAAAUGUUGCUUUUCGUUGUAUUUAGUGUAAACUGAAAGACGUUCUCUUCCGCUAUUCGAGUCUGCGUAUCGGCUUUUGCGUCCAAACCAGGUUGAUGACAUGAGUAGUUGUUAGGAGUUCGUUUUUUCCUACUUUAUACUUCAAAUCACUAACUUGUACAUCACUAUUGAUACCAGUAGAGUCAGUGCAAGUGAGCGACUAUGUAUUCAUGCACACAGUUUGAGUUCACAAACCCAUAAUCUUUACUGCUUUUACUUUAGAGGCAACGCUCGCUUUUCAGCGGUAGAAUAUACAAAAAAGAAUCUAGUAGUUAUUAACAUGUCAGCAUUUUUUACUUGUGAAUGCAUUUAUUUGUUCAGACGAGUUCACUACACCGAUCAGAUAGAUCGAACGUACGUUUGCGUGUCGCCUUCCCUAAAGAUUUCUGAUGGGUUACGGUCAUCUGUGAGCGAACGUUUAUUCAUGUACGUGUUACUAGGUAGCUAGAUAAGUAUUCGGUUCAUUUUGUUUGUUCUAUUAUAUUUAUUUGCGUAAAAAUGCUUUUUUAGAGUAAUUGGCAAGAAAAGCGUCUUCUAUUUGCUGUUGCUUUUACUUUAGAGAACUGCGUUUACAAAUGUUCACAUUCUUAUAAUAAAAACUAUCGUAAAAUGGACAUUUAUUCAGUUUCAACAGACAGGACCGCAAGGCAACUGCCCCACUAUAAUCAGGCUGUUUAAAGAUG